CCGCCGUCACAUCCAGCCGCGUAGAAUAACGGCGAAGUUGUUGACGUUUUAACGUGUUGUGCACAGCGUUGUAGCAAACUGGAAGUUAAUUUCAGUCAAAGCUCGACGGAUACAUGUCAAGCAGCAGCUCGUCUUGCUUCUGCAGGGUUCUGUCUGGACACUGCAGUAACGAAGCUCCCCGUCUUGACUGUCAUGUCGAGUAAGCAGCGUCUGUAUUGUGUCUGGCUGACUAGCCACAAUUAACUGUACCUCUGUACCAGGCACUAAUGCAUGUUCACCCAGUCUGUAUUGAGAUGCACGCCCACGCUUUUGAUUAAUGGAAAUAAGUUAAGUUUGCAGUUACACUAAGACCACCUCCUGGAACUGUGAAAGGGAUCUGCACUUGAGUUAAAACAGGGCUUAUUUUCCAAGUCUCCAUCUUACGCUCUCAUCCCAUCUGUUGUAGAAAUUGUGCCAAGGCAAUUUAGUUUUUUGAGAAAUUGUCAUCACACUUCAGAGAUCAACCAUUUUUCUUCAGAUAAUUCAAUCCCUUUUUCUCUCAGGAAGUACAUCCAUUCCUCAAUAAGGAACUUUGGCCCUCUAACUCCUGAAGAAAGAGGAAAGCAUGAGAUUCUCACCUUAGUUUUUUUUUUGCCAUUAAAGAUCCCAAUACAAUGAUUCGUGAACACAGUAGCACCACCUUAAACAAAGCAAUUGUUGUUCCUUAGCCUCGACUGAUAUCUCAAUCACGCUGUGCCAGCAUUCCCCUACUCUAGUAUGAGUUAUGACAUCUCUAAAUCAACGGCCGGAAGCAGCACUCUUGGUCGAGUUGCAAGGUCUUGUGACAAAGAUUCUGACCAGGAAGCAUUGGAAGGAUUAAGCUCCACAGACGUCAGCAAUGCACAGCCAGGUGGUAGUGCCAACGCCCAGGAGCAAGGGGAUGAGGCAGAAAGCACUUCAUCUCCCAAUGAGGGGUCCGGAUCUGGAAGGAUGCCCACUGACCAAAGAGGACCAAAUUCAGAUGACAUGGAUGGACUUUCCAGUGGCAAUGAUUCCGGGGAGAGAGAGAGUGAGGGUGGGUUGGAAAGGGAGAGCAUUUCUGGGGGGCACCAGUCUACAAGAAGUUCUCACAGCUCAUCUAACGGGAAGGACUCUGGCAUGAUGUUGGAGACCGCAGAUAGCCACAAGAGCUCUAAUUCUCAGAGUCUCUCCCCACCAAGUGGAUCUCUGGCCUAUAGCCUGCUGUCCAACAGCUCAGAACAUGACCCGCCCUCCACCUCUGGGUGCAGCAGUGACCAGUCGGCUCGGGUCCAGACACAGAAAGAGCUUAUGAAGGCCAUCAAGGAGCUGAAGCUUCGACUACCAGUGGAGCGCAAGACCAAGGGCCACUCCAGCACUCUGAACGCUCUCAAAUAUGCUCUACAGUGUGUCAGACAAGUCAGAGCUAACAAAGAAUACUAUCACCAAUGGAGUGUUGAGGAGUGCCAUGGAUGUAGUCUGGAUUUGUCUGCCUUCACAAUCGAGGAGCUUGACAACAUCACAUCAGAAUACACGCUGAAGAAUACAGACACUUUCUCAAUGGCGGUGUCAUUCUUGUCCGGGAAAGUUGUGUACGUAUCACCCCAGGGCUCAUCUGUGCUUCGUUGUAAGCCCGAGUGUCUUCAGGGGACUAUGUUUUCCGAGCUCUUGGCACCACAAGAUGUCAGCACUUUCUACAGCGGCACAGCCCCCUGCCGUCUGCCCCUCUGGGCCACUUGCAUUGGUUCUGCCUCUGCACCAGUGGACUGCACUCAAGAGAAAUCCAUGUUCUGUCGCAUCAGUGCCAUUCAGACACAGUGCGGUCAGACGCGCUACUACCCCUUCCGACUCACGCCCUAUCAGCUCACAAUCAGAGAUUCUGAUACAGCGGAGCCACAACCCUGCUGCUUGUUGAUUGCAGAGCGUGUCCACUCUGGUUAUGAGGCUCCACGUAUUCCUCCAGACAAGCGGGUCUUCACGACCAGUCACACACCCAGCUGUCUCUUCCAGGAGGUGGAUGAAAGGGCAGUGCCUCUGUUGGGCUACCUGCCUCAGGACCUAGUGGGUACACCCACGCUCCUCUACAUCCACCCCGAAGACCGGGCUACAAUGGUGGCCAUUCACGAAAAAAUCUUUCAGUUUGCCGGACAGCCGUUUGAGUAUUCUCCUCUCAGGAUGUGUGCUCGUAAUGGGGAGUAUCUGACUAUCGACACCAGUUGGUCCUCGUUCGUAAAUCCCUGGAGCAGGAAGGUGGCUUUCAUCGUGGGACGCCACAAAGUUCGAACGAGCCCGCUGAAUGAGGACGUCUUCACAAUGCAGCCUGGCUUUGAAAGUCGUGUUAUCACCCCUGACAUUGUGCAGCUGAGUGAACAGAUCCACCGUCUGCUGGUGCAGCCGGUCCACAGUAGCGGCUCGCAGGGUUACAGUUCCCUCGGGUCCAGCGGUUCGCUGGGCUCCCGGCGGUCACACCAACAGCACCUCAGUGCCUCUGCUGCCUCCUCCAGCGACAGUAAUGGCCCAGCUAUGGAUGAAGCAGCUGCUGCAGUUGCUUUGCACAAACCUAUGACGUUUCAGCAGAUCUGCAAAGACGUCCACAUGGUCAAGACUAAUGGCCAACAGGUCUUCAUUGAGUCCCGGCACCGGCCUACCCCCAGAAAAAACACAGGGACAGGCAUCAACAACAACAACAACAACCAACGAGCUGCAGGCAGCGACCCUGUCAGAGGUCUCAUCAAUGAUAUCACUAAGCCCAACAAUGAAGUGACUGCAGCCACGUUGGUGCGGAAAGAGCCUCAGAUUGGAUACUCCUACCAGCAGAUCAACUGUCUGGACAGCAUUGUGAGGUACUUGGAGAGCUGCAACAUUCCAAACACAGUGAAGAGGAAAUGUGGCUCCUCGUGUACUGCGUCAUCCACAUCUGAUGAUGACAAGCAGCAGGAGGCGACAGGAAACACUAAAGUGAGCCUUGUUGCAGAAACCUCACCUCUGCCUCCUCUGACGCUGGUGCCCAAGGCGGAGAGUGUGGCAUCAAUCACCUCCCAAUGUAGCUUCAGUAGUACGAUAGUGCACGUGGGUGACAAGAAGCCUCCAGAGUCAGAUAUCGUCAUGGAAGAGGCUCCUACGACGCCCACUCUUGCUCCUCCUCCUACUCCUGCUCCCUCUACUGUGGCUACUAGCUUACCCCUCGCAAGUGCCACCGCAACUCCUCCUCUCCCUCCACCCCCACCACCACCUCCUCCGCCGCCUCCUCCAACUCCCCCCACAGCUUUGCUCCCUCAAACUUCUCCACCUGAUCGGGACAGUCGACGUUGUGGAGGGAGCAACCCAGGCAGUGGUGGCAGUGGAGGAGGCCGACUGGGCCUCACAAAGGAGGUGCUGUCCGCACACACCCAGCAGGAGGAGCAGGCCUUCCUAAACCGAUUCAAAGACCUCAGCAAGUUGCGUGUUUUCGAUCAGACUUCGUCUUCGACGGUGCGAUGCCACACUCAACCUGCCAACCCACUUUCUCGAGGGGUACGUUGUUCUCGUGACUACCCAGCGGCAGGAGGCAGCACCAGUCACAGGCGUGGCCGCGGUGGUAAGAGGCUCCGACACCAUGAGUCUCCUGAUCAGCACACUUCCAUGAGGUCAAGUGGACGACACAGAGACCCUGGAACCAGCGCUCCACCUCCUGGGUCAUUCAACAUGCCCCUCGGACCUUCAACACACUCCUCAUCUUGGCCGUCCGUUUGUUCCCAACCCAACAUUCCCCCGUCCCCAUAUCCCCCCGGCGUGCUCCCAAUCUAUCCAGUUUACCCACCACUGUCACAGACCUUACCGGUGCCAGAUCCGUCUCGUUUCCCCCCAUCUCCAAUGGUGCCUCCUAUGAUGGCACUUGUUCUGCCUAACUACAUGUUCCCUCAGAUGGGUGCACCGAUUUCUCAGCCUGUUCCGCCCCCCCCACAAUUCUACAAUCCAAAUUACGCUUACCCGAGCACAGCGCCUGCUGUCGUCCCCGCUGCGGUCUCUAACCCCGUACCCAUCCCUGGUACGGGGGCACCAUCACGGAGCAGCACUCCCCAAUCCAACAGUCAGACCCCCGCUGACCGGGAGGGCGCGGAGUCCCCCCUCUUUCAGUCCCGCUGCUCCUCCCCACUCAACUUGCUGCAGCUGGAGGAGUCGCCAAGCAACCGGCUGGAGGUCGGCACUGCUCUGGCUGCUUCCCAACAAGCCACUCCCACUGGACUUGGAGGUCAGAAUUCGGCCAAUGAGAGGAGCUCUGAUGACACCUCCAAGGAAAAUGAAAACGGUGAAGCCAACGAGUCAAACCAGGAUGCCAUGUCCACCUCCAGCGACCUGCUGGACCUGUUGCUGCAGGAAGACUCUCGUUCAGGCACCGGCUCUGCUGCUUCUGGAUCUGGUUCUUCGGGUACAAGGUCUUCUGGUUCUGGGUCCGGCUCCAACGGAUGCAGCUCUUCUGGCACGAGCGGCAUGAGCAGCAGCCAGGGCAGCCACACCAGCAAGUACUUUGGCAGCAUUGACUCACUGGAGAACGACCACGGCCGCAAACAGCCAGCUGGGGGCAGUAGUAGUGGGGGAGGCGGUGGUGGCGAGGAGCAGUUCAUCAAGUGUGUUCUGCAGGACCCCAUUUGGCUGCUGAUGGCCAACACAGACGACAAGGUCAUGAUGACAUAUCAGCUGCCCAUCAGAGAUAUGGAGACAGUGCUGCGCAGCGAUCGGGAGGCCUUAAGAAAUAUGCAGAAACAGCAGCCGCGCUUCACCGAAGAACAAAAGCGGGAGCUCAGUCAGGUUCACCCCUGGAUCCGCACGGGACGCCUGCCCCGACCUAUCAAUGUUUCUGGAUGCACCGGCUGCAAGUCUCCCCCAGCGGUGCCCCCUGCUGCUCCCUUUGACGUGGAGAUCCAUGAGAUGGAGCUGUGCAAUGUUCUCAAGUCUCAGGACGAAGGAGACGGCAGCAAAACUCUGUUGGAGACGGCCAUGAACGAAGCAAACGCUGAAGACGAAGAGGAGGAGUCGGAGGCAAAAGAAAGCAAAGUGCUUGACGGCAGUCAGGACAUGGCCGCUGAGGAGCCACAAGCCCCGGCCGAGUCUGAGGAGAGCACAGCUGCUCUCGAGUCUCACAUGACUCACUGAGCUGGUGGCCAAAGAGAACACUAUUUUAAGGUGAUAUAAUUGUGCACCUCCAUUAGUACCCAUGAUGUCACUUAACCAGUGAAAGGUGUUAAGGUCGUAUCAAGUGGAAGAUCUGGGUGCACAAAACGACUGCCACUGAGUCAGGCAGGACCCUCACAUGGACGUGUGAGGCGAGUCCUCCUGCAGGUUGAACGCCUUGAUAACACAGGAUCACAUGUGCGCACUCAGUUUUAGAGAGUGAACUACUUUCUUUUCUGUUAGAUUUCUGUCGUAUUUAUUUAUGUUGUACAAACGUGAGAUGACAAAAGGUGAAAACGUUGAAUGUGUCCCAUUAAAAAGGCGCCUUGUCACAAAGAUGGAUGUGCUUCACCGUAGUGUCCUAUUCCUCCUUCCUAUCUCCUCUUCACGGAUCCAGCAAUGGAGGAGACUCUUCUGAGGUUUAGCCCUGUUGCUGGUCCGCCUGCAGCAGCACUCAUCACCACACGUUGUACAGAGAGGCGGUUCUACCUUGUUUUGUAUAAAUGGUGUAUAUUUUUGUAUUCUCAUUCACUUUAAAGAAAACGAGGAAUAGAAAUGCUAUUAUUGGUAUGGGAUGCGCAGGAAACCUGACUGAGCUGAUAUCAUGUGUCACUGCGGUUGAGAACCUUUAACAUGCUGAGGUGCUCGUGGGGGUCAAGUGUGAAUUCAAAGAGGUGAGCUGCACUCGUUUCAAAAAAACUCUAGAGAGUAUUAACUAGCUUCUCUUUCCUCUUUGUCCCUUGCUCCUCCGCUCUGUGGCACUGUUUUGAUCAUGUGAUAUCCUUUGCUUCGUGGCGUCAGUGAUGUCUGCAACAGUUUCUUAAUAUUUUUGUGAAAUUCUUUGUACAAAAAAAGACAAUAAAAUUAUUUGAA